AUGUCUCAAGAUCUGAGGUUCGACGGCCAGGUCGUCGUCGUCACCGGCGCCGGCGGCGGUCUCGGUAAGGCUUAUGCCACUUUCUUCGGCUCUCGCGGUGCCAGCGUCGUCGUCAACGACUUGGGCGGCUCCUUCAAGGGCGAGGGAAACUCGACUAGGGCUGCCGAUGUUGUAGUCAACGAGAUCAAGGCUGCUGGCGGCAAGGCCGUCGCUAACUACGACUCGGUUGAGAACGGCGAGCGCAUCAUCGAGACUGCCAUCAAGGCCUUUGGCCGCAUCGAUGUCCUCAUCAACAACGCCGGUAUUCUCCGUGAUAUCAGCUUCAAGAACAUCAAGGAUGAGGACUGGGACCUCAUCAUCAAGGUCCACGUCAAGGGUUCUUACAAGUGCGCCAAGGCCGCUUGGCCCUACUUCAGGAAGCAGAAGUAUGGUCGCAUCAUCAACACCGCCUCCGCUGCCGGUCUUUUCGGCAGCUUCGGCCAGACCAACUACUCCGCUGCCAAGCUCGCUCUUGUCGGUUUCACCGAGACCCUCGCUAAGGAGGGCAUCAAGUACAACAUCCUCGCCAACAUCAUUGCUCCCAUUGACCAUCAUGCCCCUGAUGUGCUCGCCAACCUCAAGCCCGACUGGAUUGUCCCCAUCGUUGCUUGCCUCGUCCACAAGUCCAACACCACCGAGACCGGCUCCAUCUUCGAGGCCGGCGCUGGACACUGUGCCAAGCUCCGAUGGGAGCGCUCCAGCGGUCUCCUCCUCCGUCCCGACGAGACCUACACCCCCGGCGCCGUCCUCAAGCAGUGGAACAAGGUCACCGACUUCUCCAACCCCCAGCACCCCACUGGCACCAAUGACUUCCUCUCUCUCCUUGAGGACGCCAUGAAGCUCGGCCCCAACCCUGCCGGCGAGACCCUCGAUUUCAACGGCCGCGUUGCCCUCGUCACUGGCGGAGGUGCUGGUAUCGGUCGCGCUUACGCCCUUGCCUUUGCCAAGCACGGCGCUUCCGUCGUUGUCAACGAUCUCGUCAACCCCGACGAUGUCGUCGCCGAGAUCAAGGCUGCUGGUGGUAAGGCUGCCGGUGUCAAGGCCUCCGCCGAGGACGGUGAGGCCGUCAUCAAGGGCGCCAUUGACGCCUUUGGCCGUGUCGACAUCAUUGUCAACAAUGCCGGUAUCCUCCGCGACAAAGCCUUCACCAACAUGACUGAUGAGCUCUGGGACCCCGUCAUGAACGUCCAUCUCCGUGGUACCUACAAGGUUACCAAGGCCGCCUGGCCCUACUUCCUCAAGCAGAAGUACGGCCGUGUCAUCAACACCACCUCCACCUCGGGUAUCUAUGGCAACUUUGGCCAGGCCAACUAUGCUGCUGCUAAAGCUGGUAUCCUCGGUUUCUCCAGGGCUCUCGCUCUUGAGGGUGCCAAGUACAACAUCUACGUCAACACCAUUGCCCCCAACGCCGGUACCGCCAUGACCAAGACCAUCCUUCCCGAGGAGCUUGUUCAGGCCUUCAAGCCCGACUAUGUCGCGCCCCUCGUCCUCGCCCUCGCCAGCGACAAGGUCCCCAACCCUACCGGCGGCCUUUACGAGGUUGGCAGUGGCUGGAUCGGUCAGACCAGGUGGCAGCGAACUGGCGGUCACGGCUUCCCUGUCGACGUCACCCUCACCCCCGAGGAGGUCCUCAAGUACUGGAAGGACAUUGUCACCUUUGACGGCAGGGCUGACCACCCCGAGAAGGGCCAGGAUGGUCUCAAGAAGAUCAUGGCCAACAUGGAGAACAAGUCGAAGAAGGCCUCCUCCUCAAGCGAGUCUGGCGACUCCCAGUACCUCAAGGCCAUCGAGGCCGCCAAGCAAGCUACCGCCAAGGGUACCGAGUUUACCUUUGAAGAGCGCGACGUGAUGCUCUACAACCUUGGCAUUGGAGCCAAGCGCACCGAUCUCAAGUACAUCUAUGAGGGUGCCGACGACUUCCAGGCCGUCCCUACCUUUGGCGUGAUCCCGCCCUUCAACGCGGAAUCUCCCUACAACCUUGACGAUCUCGUCAAGAAGUACCCCAUCCCCACCUCGGGCACUCUCGUUUCGUACCCCAAGCUCCUCGAGGUCGUAGACAAGGGUGCCGCCGCCGUCGUGCGCUCGGCCGUCACCACCAUCAACAAGGCCACGGGUGAGGAAGUCUUCUACAACGAGAUGACCGUCUUCCUCCGCGGCUGCGGCGGUUUCGGCGGACCCAAGAAGGCGGCGGAUCGCGGCGCGAGCACUGCGGCCAACGCCCCUCCCAACAGGGCCCCCGAUGCAGUUGUUGAGGAGAAGACGACGGAGGAGCAAGCCGCCGUUUACCGUCUUUCCGGAGACUACAACCCUCUCCACGUCGAUCCCGGCUUCGCCAAGAUGGGCGGCUUCAAGGUGCCCAUCCUCCACGGACUUUGCUUCUUCGGUAUUGCCGGUAAGGCCGUCUACGAGCGCUUCGGCCAGUUCAAGAACAUCAAGGUCCGUUUCGCCGGCACCGUGCUUCCCGGCCAGACUCUUGUCACCGAGAUGUGGAAGGAGGGCAACAAGUGGGAGUGGAACUGUAUGAUUAGAGUAGAAGAUGUCAACUAG